AUGUUUGCAUUUUUGAGAGUUUUAUUACUUUGUGUGCAUUUGUUGCAUUUUAAAACAAUCUCUGGAGCAGAUCUCCCAUCCCCAACGGACGGCGUGGCAGGAGAUCCUGUGUUGCACCAUGGUGUUAUAAAGGCGGCGCCGGGAGCAGAAUUUGGUGCAGCUAAUGUCACUGAAGAGAAAAUUAUCGAUGAAGUGGCAAAGGACUCCCCCCCUUUGGUCAGUCUUAGUCGGCAGCGUCGUCAGUUCUUUUUCGACCACAAUCUUUUGCUGUGGCAAGCGGGUCUAGGUGGCUCUGGUCUCCCUGGUGGUCCCGGAGGCUGGGCUCCCCUGGAGGGCUCCAAGUGCCUCACGGUCCGUGGACAGGCUGGUGUUUGUGUUCGGAUUGAUGGAUGUCGCCAGUACUAUCGGGUAGCUCGUCAGCUGACCUUCGUCACCCUGCGCCAGUGGCCAUCAAACGCUGGAGGCAUCGGUCUGAAUGGAAAUCUUUGCAACUUCUUUGACCAGCUGGGAAGAGUCAAUAAUGGAAUUUGCUGCACGGAUAUCGAUGCCAAUUCCUUUGGAGUGUUUCCACUUCCCAGCAGCACGACAACAACGACCACUGAGAAACCUCUGGUGUCUGCUGAUGAUGCAGAUAAGGUGGACUCAAAUGCAGGGGAAGAACAGGACAAUGAGCAGCCCGCGGAUGCUCCCCAACCUGAAGAUCCCAUUGAUAAUGCAAAUAGCGUAGAAGAUAUGCCGGAUUUUCAGGACGUCAACACCAUCGAAGGUAAUGCUCCAGAGCUGAGUCCCGAUCCCGAAGUCCAACCAGAGGAAGAGGAAGCGGAAGCGGAGCACCCGGUGCCUGUUCAGCCAGCCACUCCAAUUAAUCCUUACCAAUGGCCCUUCGGUUCCUUUGCGGGCGGAGUGGCCCAGUGGCCGCCACCGUUGCCCACUCAUCCGCCCACCACCGGCGGCUGGCCUCCACCGCUGCCCACGCAUCCCCCAAACCAUCAUUAUCCCACGCACCCGACCACAGGUGGAGUUCCAAGCACGAAACGAACCACUCCGCGUCCUAGUCCCAUUACCACCAAGCGUCCCAGCUACCCAAGCUAUCCAACUGCGGCACCAACAACCACGACGACCACACGACGCCCGGUGAGUGGCAGCAGUCCAGAGGGUUUGCCACUGCAAUGUGGCAACAAGAAUCCGGUGUCUCCCGACCAGGAGAGGAUUGUGGGUGGCAUCAAUGCCAGUCCUCAUGAGUUCCCCUGGAUAGCUGUGCUUUUUAAGUCCGGCAAGCAAUUCUGCGGAGGCAGUCUCAUCACCAACAGUCAUAUUCUCACUGCAGCUCAUUGUGUGGCACGCAUGACCUCGUGGGAUGUGGCGGCUCUGACGGCCCACCUGGGCGACUACAAUAUCCGGACAGACUUUGAGGUGCAGCACGUUUCCCGGAGAAUAAAGCGUUUAGUGCGUCACAAGGGAUUUGAGUUCAGCACGUUACACAAUGACAUUGCCAUACUUACGUUGAGCGAGCCUGUGUCCUUCACCAGAGAGAUCCAGCCCAUUUGCCUUCCCACCUCGCCCUCGCAGCAGUCACGUUCUUACAGCGGUCAGGUGGCCACUGUGGCAGGAUGGGGCAGCCUCCGGGAGAAUGGACCACAGCCAUCGAUCCUGCAGAAGGUAGAUAUUCCCAUUUGGGCUAACGCAGAGUGCGCCAGGAAAUAUGGAAGAGCAGCGCCAGGUGGCAUCAUAGAGUCCAUGAUCUGCGCAGGACAAGCAGCCAAGGAUUCCUGCAGUGGUGACUCUGGUGGUCCCAUGAUCAUCAAUGACGGCGGACGUUAUACCCAAGUGGGCAUUGUAUCCUGGGGCAUUGGCUGUGGCAAAGGACAAUAUCCUGGCGUAUAUACACGUGUCACAUCCCUGCUGCCUUGGGUUUACAAGAAUAUUAAGUAA